ACUUCGUACCUCGACCCCUCUUCGACGGAGACUCCUUGUCCCUUCUCAUUGGAAGGUUCGGGAGCUUGCCUUCCACUUAUAAGAAGAGAUGCCCCCAUCUCUCCAUCCCAUCGUUUCUUUCAACAUUCACACUCAUCACAACAACAUCUACCACUACUUACGCACUACUGGUAUUACUAGUGCAUACUCGACUUUUCCAACCAUCUCUUCCUUACUCUGUUUACAAUAAUACAUCAUACCCGAACCUUCCAUCUUCACUACAUCUUGUAAUAGUCGACUUCUUUUCCACUCUUCCAUAUCUGUGACAUCACUCCACUCAACACAUUCACACUACUAUCAACUUGACGACUACUACUGAAUAAUAUCAUCAACAACAGUAACGACAACCCCAAUUCCACAAACGACUUCUCACAUAACCCUGAACCACAUCACCUUCAACUACACGUUUCAAGAUGACCCGCUCCCACAAGUUCAACGACAAGGCCCAUGUUGCAGCUGCCCAGGCUGAAGAUGGCUCACUCGUCCCCGUCGAGCACGUUCCCAAGUUCUUUGGCAAGAACGGUUUCGCCGAUGCCGAUCCCAAAAAGGUUAAGAAGAACGGCGGUGGCAAGAGCAACUGGGGCAACGCUGGGAUCGAAGUUCUCGACGACCCUGAGUUCAAUUUCGUUGCUCGCCGUCACUCCAAUGUCAGCAACCCUAGCGUCCCCCAUUACUUGGAGCAGUUUAAGACCAAGUUUGAGGUCAACGAGCCCGAGCCAGUCUUCGAAGAGGGUGUCCAUAACGCUCCCGAGGAAGAGGAGGUGACCCUCGAGAAGACGGAGACUUCUUCUAGCGGCGGAAGUGUCGAUGACGAGCACAAGACCCACAGUGACUAAACUCAGUCCGCCAUGACCGUCACACCGUUACUAUGAUGAUGAUAAUGAGGGACGAUAUCCUUAUACUGGUGACGACGACGAAGCGAUACGAAACGUAAGGGCAGUCACCUGCAGAAACUGCGGGAUUCCAAACAACUUUGGCGGAGGGUUUCCGUAAGGCGAGGGGUGAAAGAACCCUGACUGGACCGGAUCUCUCUAUUUGACUAGCAAUCAUGCCUUGAAACAUUGAAAACUUUGGAGGAAGAAAUUUCGGAUGGUGGAACGAUGUGACGCUUGAUGCUUGAGAUAGCAGAUGGGGUUACUCUAGUUAGUGGGCGGUUGAGAUAUACCGCGCUGUAUAUUAUUGAAAUUUAACCACGGCAACUUUGACCACUCUAUAUCUG